AUGAAGAAGAACAAGGCCCCCACCUCCAGAAGGUCAGAGAUCCAGAACAUCUACCAGUGCUACUCCUCCGGGAGGAAUACUCUGGCCGCCUCCGCUCUCCUCAGGUUCCUACACAUGGAGCAGAUGGAGGCAGCAGCCAAUCAGGAGACAGCGGAGGGCUUGAUUGACAGAUAUGAGAUUGAGGAGACAGCUAGAGAGAACAGAACCAUGACAUUCGAGGGAUUCUACAGAUACAUGGAGUCUAAAGACUGUAGUGUGUUUGACCAGAUACACACGUCUGUGUACCAGGAUAUGGACCAGCCUCUGUGUCACUACUUCAUCUCGUCUUCUCACAACACCUACCUCACCGGGGACCAGCUGGUCGGCAAGAGCACCCUGGACGCCUAUGUCAGUGCGCUGAGGAGAGGUUGUCGUUGUCUGGAGAUUGACUGCUGGGACGGUCCUAGUGCUGAGCCUAUAGUCUACCAUGGUCACACUCUGACCAGCAAGAUCCUGUUCAAGGACGUCAUCACUACCGUGGAGCAGCAUGCCUUCGAGGUGUCUCCGUACCCAGUGAUCCUGUCCCUGGAGAACCACUGUACCCCGACUCAGCAGGAUGUCAUGGCCCAGUAYCUCACCUCCAUCCUGGGGGAAAAACUGCUGUCCACCAGCCUGGACCUCACCAAUCAGCCUGGACAACUGCCCAGCCCUAACAGGAAGAAGGCAGCAGUAGUUGCUGAGUCUCUAUCUAACCUGGUGGUCUACACCAAGUCGGUGAAGUUCCACAGCUUCAGCCAUGCCAGAGAACACCAGCAGUACUAUGAGAACAGCUCUCUGGGGGAGAAGAAGGCUCACAAGCUGGUCAAGACCUCAGCUCCAGAUUUCAUCCAGCACAACAUGGUGUUCAUCACCAGGAUCUACCCAGCAGGAUCUAGAACCAUGUCCUCCAACUACAACCCUCAGGGGUUCUGGAAUGUGGGCUCACAGCUGGUGGCUCUGAACUUCAGUGCGUGGGCCUGCCCAUGGACCUGAAACGGGCGUUUCCAGGACAACUGGGCUGGUGGUUACGUCCUCAAAACCCCUCCUCCUCAGAUCAAAUCAGUCGGGAGCUUUGAUCCGAACAGUUACCGUCACAACCUGAAGCCGCGCCACCUACUGCUGAAGGUUAUCAGUGGCUCCAACCUGCCUGUCCCGCGGAGCGGCAAGGCCCUGGACCCCUUCGUACGCGUGGAGAUCCACAGUGUCCACUCAGACUCCUGCAGGAGACACACAGACACUGUCAGACACAACUGGUACCGCUGGGUUCCUCUCCUGUCUAGAGAGGGCUAUAGCCUGGAUCCAGCUUCUCUCUUCGUCUUCAUCUGCUCGCCUAGCCCAUCCAGCUCAGCCAGCCCCCAGCUCAGCCUUAGUCCCAUCCCCAGGCUAGCCCUAGUCCCGUCCCGCCUAGUCCAUCUUCAGCUCAGCCUAGUCCAAUUCAGCUCGAGCCCCUGUCCCUCCCAGGUCCUUAGUCCCAUCGCCCAGCUCAGCUCGAAGUCCCAUCCCCAGCUCAGCCAGUCCCAUGCUCAGCCCCUAGUCCAUCCCAGCGUUCAGCCUAGUCCCAUCUCCAGUCUGACGUUGGCUGAGGCCACAAAGACCUUCCUGCUCUUCACGGUCACCUCUAACUCGCGGUCUUGCACGGACGACAUGUCACGCGUCUUCACACCCACAGCGUCACCAUCCCACCCGUCUAACUACUCCACCCGCGUCCUAACUCCCCCGCGUCUCACUCCCACGCACCAGAGCCCUGCGCAGUCUUACAUACCCCCUAAUGACCUCCAGCAGGCCAAAAAUGUGCUGUGUCUGCUCAGGCGUACCACUGGUCCUCCACCCAGAAAACAGGACGGCUUCCUCAACUCUCGCCAAGGAGAGACAAGUACAACAGUUAUAGUGGGGAAGAAGAAGAAGAUAAAGAACGAGAAGAAGAAGAUAAAGAAGAAGRRGRKRAWRAAGRMGAAGAAGAUAAAGAAGAAGRAGRWRAWRAAGRMGRMGAAGAWRAWRAAGAAGAAGAAGRAGRWRAWRAAGRAGRAGAAGAAGAAGAWRAWRAAGAAGGAGAUAAAGAAGGAGAAGAUAAAGAAKAAGAAGGAGAAGAAGAUAAAGAAUAAGAAGGAGAAGAAUAAGAAGAUAAAGAAUAAGAAGGAGAAGAAGAAGUAG